UCGGUAGUUAUCUUCUGGACGCUCAGAGUGCAAAACGUGCUCUGUUUUUAAUCGGAACAGUCGACAUCAAUAUGCUCUGGGAAUUCUUGGGGUUAUUUGUCAUCGCCUGCGGUUUGUUCUACCGUUGGGCCACCGCUAACAAUGACUUCUUCAAAAACCGGAAUUUGCCUUUUGCAAAGCCAACUUUAUAUUUUGGCAACAUGGCCCAAAUGUUUUUGAAAAAGAAAUCCAUGUUCGAUGUCGUCUGUGACCUCUACAACAAAGGAGGCUCUAGCAAGAUUUAUGGUAUCUUCGAGCAGCGGCAGCCACUUUUCAUGAUUAAAGACCCUGAUCUUAUAAAGCAAGUUACCAUUAAGGACUUUGAUCACUUUAUUAACCAUCGAAAUGUGUUCGGCACCGCGAGUGACGAUGAUCCCCACGAUAUGAGCAAUCUUUUUGGUAGCUCGUUGUUCUCUAUGCGCGAUUCCCGGUGGAAGGACAUGCGAGGCACCCUGAGUCCUGCCUUCACAGGCAGCAAAAUGCGUCAAAUGUUCUCUCUGAUGAAUCAAGUGGCCAAGGAGGCCGUCGACUGCCUGGAACGGAACGAACAAAUCGACCAGGGGAUUGAGUUGGACUUGAAAGACUACUGUACACGAUUCACCAAUGACGUGAUCGCCUCGACGGCCUUUGGUCUUCAGGUGAACUCUUUCAAGGAUCGCGAUAAUACCUUCUAUAUGAUGGGCAAAACGUUGACAAAAUUUUCUUUUGCCCAAAACAUUAAGUUCUUGUUAUUUUUUACCUUCAAAAGGUUUAGUAAGCUUUUGAAACUGGAACUUUUCGACAAAAAGAGUACAGAUUACUUUGUACGCCUGGUGCUGGAUGCCAUGAAGUACCGAAAGGAGCACAACAUUAUCCGUCCAGAUAUGAUAAACAUGUUGAUGGAGGCUCAGGGUAUCUUCCAAUCAGAUAAGACUAAGACGGCACCCGUUCGGGAGUGGAGCGAUCGAGAUAUUGUGGCCCAGUGCUUUGUGUUUUUCUUCGCCGGAUUUGAGACCUCGGCGGUGCUUAUGUGCUUCGCCGCUCACGAGAUAAUGGAGAACGAGGAUGUGCAGCAGAAGCUGUUCGAGGAGGUGCAGCAGGUGGAUCAGGAGCUCGAAGGCAAGGAACUGACCUAUGAUGCCAUCAUGGGCAUGAAGUAUUUGGACCAGGUCGUUCAGGAAGUUCUUCGAAAAUGGCCGGCAGCCAUUGCCGUUGAUAGGGAGUGCAAUAAGGAUAUUACCUAUGAAGUGGAUGGCCAGAGCGUGGAAAUAAAGAAGGGCGAUGUUGUGUGGUUGCCAACCUGUGGCUUCCACCGGGAUCCUCAGUACUUUGAGAACCCCAUCAAGUUCGAUCCGGAGCGUUUUAGUGAAGAAAACAAGGCAAAUAUUCAACCUUUCACUUAUUAUCCCUUUGGACUUGGCCAACGAAACUGCAUAGGAUCCCGAUUUGCUCUUUUGGAGGCAAAGGCUGUCAUUUAUUAUCUUCUGAAGAACUACCGCUUCGUCCCUGCCAAAAAGUCCUGCAUUCCACUUGAACUCGACAGCAGUGGAUUCCAAUUGUUACCCAAAGGCGGCUUUUGGAUCAAGUUGGUGCCACGUUGAUUUUAUAAAAGUGUUAAUUGUUUGUUGAUAAUUUUAAUUGUGAUUUAUUAAAGCAUUCUUUCAGGCAA